CAAAGGACUGACAUUGCACCGGACUGAAAGUGGUUUGCGUCAGCAACUCCUUCUCCCGAAAACUGAUCAAAAAUGGGGAAGCAAGAGGAGAUCCUCAGAAAAAUGUCCCUUCUGCUGAGAGUUCGAAGUAUUCUGGUAAAACAGUGCCUGGCUGAAUGUUUGGGAACGCUCAUUCAUACGAUGCUUAGCUGUGGAGCAAUAGCGCAGUUCACACUCAGCUGUGGCACUCACACUGAAUUUCUGUCCGUAACUUUUGCCAUCGGAUUUGCAGUAGCUCUAGGCAUACUGGUGACCAGUAAAGUGUCAGGAGCUCACCUGAAUCCAGCAGUGACCUUUGCUCUGUGCUUGCUUGCUUGUGAGCCUUGGUUAAAAUUCCCCUUCUUCUUUUUGGCACAAACAGUAGGUGCCUUUCUUGGAUCAGGAAUAAUGUUUGGUUUGUAUUAUGAGAAGUUGUGGCUCCAUGGCAAUCAACAGCUGACAGUUAUUGGACCAAACUCGACUGCUGGGAUAUUUACAACAUUUCCACUUGAACACGUGAGUGCACUCACUGGCAUUUUUGAUCAGGCAACUGGAACUGCAGUGCUCAUAUUUUGCAUUCUUACCAUCGUGGAUCCUUUGCACACCCCAGUGCAGACAGGCUUGGAAGCCUUCACCAUCGGCUUGGUGGUUCUGAUCAUUGGCUGGUCCAUGGGUUCAAAUUCCCAGUACUCACUAAAUCCUGCCAGGGAUAUUGGACCUCGCUUGUUCACAGCAAUUGCUGGCUGGGGAUCUGAAGUUUUCACUGCUGGAAGCUAUUGGUUUUGGAUUCCACUAGUCAGCCCGAUCAUUGGAGCCGCUUUGGGUGUUUUGAUGUACCAGUUCAUUGUUGGAUUACGGGUUGAUGCAAGAGGUGGCUGCUCCACCAAAGCAGAACAAAAUGUAAAACCCCUGAGCCAGAAAACAGGCGGAAGCUGAUGAUGAACGGACCCCGCACAUAUCCUCUGAAGAAUUUGUUUUAAGAAUCUUCAGCAGAUUUUACAGGUGUUUAUUCCUGCAAUAUCACAAUAGUCUCUUUGAAUAUCGCAUUUGUUUUCACAUGUUAUGUAUACCUUCGAUCAUUUUAUUAGCCACAGAAUAAAAUUUAAAAGUUAUAAGUUCAAACUUCAUUUUUGUCAAAGUACAUAUAUCUGAUCUUGAGAUUCAUUUUUAUAGUAAAUGCAAAGAAACACAAUAUAAUCAAUGAAAAACUGCACACAAAAAUGGGCAACCAAUGACUCAGAAUUGUGCAAAUACAAAAAAGAGAAAGACACAGAAUAAUAAUAAUAAAUAAUAAUAAUAAUUAAUAAUAAAUAAGCAAUAACUAUCAAGAACACGAGUUGUAGAGUCCUUGAAAGUGAGUAGAUAGGUUGUGAAAUCAGUUCAGUGUUGGCUGAGUGAAGUUAUCCCCUCUGGUUCAAGAGCCUGAUGGUUGAGGGUUAAUAACUGUUCCUGAACCCGGUGGAGUGGGAACUCGAGGCUCCUGGAUCUCCUUCCGGAUGGCAGCAGCGAGAAGAGAGCAUGGCCUGGAUGGUGGGGGUCCCUGAUGAUGGAUGCUGCUUUCCUGUGACAGUGCUCUGUGCAGAUGUGCUCAUUGUUAUAACUUCCUAAUACUUGAUAAAAGACAGAAGAACAUGGCAGGCAAUCAAUCUCUCCAAAUUUUCAGUAUUUCUGAAUGUAUAAUGCUGUUUUGUACAUCAUCUGUACAAAACAACAUUUUACCGCACGCUGUCGGAGCAGCGCUGUCAGGAUAAUCAAGGACACGACCCACCCAGCCAACACACUUUUCGUCCCUCUUCCCUCCGGGAGAAGGCUCAGGAGCUUGAAGACUCGUAUGGACAGAUUUGGGAACAGCUUCUUUCCAACUGUGAUAAGACUGCUGAACAGAUCCUGACCCGGAUCUGGGCCGUACCCUCCAAAUAUCCGGACCUGCCUCUCAGUUUUUUUGCACUACCUU